AUGAUACAAGGAACGACUUCACACUCGAAUAGUAGUUCCGUUUUGAUCGAUGCAGCUCACGCCGCUGGCGGCGAUGUAUACCCCGAUGGUGUCUCUCACGCUCGCGCUCUUUCCUCCGCCGUAUCAUUGUCAGAAUCUUCCCCGAAGCUACGGAGGAAGAAAGGCGUGCCAUCACUCAAACGCAUGUCCUCACUCUCAUGUCGGUCAAGAUCACAGCAGUCUUCCCCCGCAUUUGAUGAUCGUGCUGAAUCACACGCGUCACAUACAAUGCAUGUAGCACCAGCACCCUCUCCUGCGCCUUCGACUGCUAUGAGUGCGGAAAUUCCCGUCCGAAUCGGCCAUCCUAGUCGGCCAUAUUAUACUGUCAUUCGGAAAAACAUGUCUCGACCUGGUACUCCUGGGCUUCCUAGCUCCCUCCCUCGCACGCCCUCUCCCAUUCCAUCUGAUUACGAUUAUCCACCACGCGGCACGAGAUCUCUUGACUGUGGGGAGCGUGUACCAGUGCAGUUCGGCCGAGAUUCACGGCCUAUGUCGAUGAUUCUCCCUGGACAAUCGAUACCUGUGAACGUGUACUCUGGGUUCUCAUUAAGCGGCGAAACGGAGAUGCGGAUGAACUUAGCGAGGUGGCGAAAGGAAGAUGGACCUGAUGAGCCAGGGGACUACCUAUUCAAGGAGACAGGUCACCGCGGAAAAGGGAUAAAGGGUAGAGUGAGGAAGCUCGGGAAGGGCUUGCGAGAUCUAGUGCUCGGCAGAUCAUGA